AAAGGUUUUACUAAUCACGUCCUGACGGUUGUCGAGCUUAAAUAAAGUUCAUUUGUCUGAGUAUCCAUGAUUUGUGGAACCCUUUGGGGUUAAGAUAUGACAACCAUGAGGCGAAACAGACACCCCAGCAGUGAAGAUUCCGACAAUGGAAGUACCUCCACAUCCUGGUCACAGCAUUCAAAAAAUAAUAACAGAAGACCAGGGGGACCCAGGCCCUCAGAGGUGUUCAGAACAGAUCUGAUCACAGCUAUGAAGCUACAUGACUCUUACCAGCUGAGCCCAGAUGAUUACUACAUCCUGGCUGACCCCUGGAGACAGGAGUGGGAGAAGGGAGUUCAGGUCCCUGUCAGCCCUCACUCUAUACCUGAACCCACAGUGCGUGUUGUGGAAGAGAAGUCUUCAGCCAUAAUGUUCACCAGGCCAAAGAAGCUGAUUCGCUCGUCCGGUCCUGAAGCCACGGUGUUGGGGUAUGUGGGCGUUCGGACCCUGGCUGAAGGGAUGUGUCGAUACGAUCUGAACGAGGAAGAUGUGUCUUGGCUGGAAAUUGCCAAUAAAGAGUUCACCAAGAUGGCGAUACCAACACUAGACGAGAUCACCAUGGAGAGAGUUAUCGAACAGUUUGAACUUCAGUGCUAUGACAACAUGAGUCACGCCAUGGAAACAGAGGAGGGGCUUGGCAUUGAGUAUGACGAAGAUGUUGUAUGUGAUGUCUGUCAAUCACCUGAUGGAGAAGACGGCAAUGAGAUGGUCUUCUGUGAUCGAUGUAACAUAUGCGUCCAUCAGGCCUGUUACGGUAUACUGAAUGUUCCGGAGGGAAGCUGGCUGUGUCGUAUCUGUGCCUUAGGCAUCGUGCCUCGAUGCCAACUGUGCCCAAAGAAAGGUGGGGCCAUGAAACCAACCCGCAGCGGGAACAAGUGGGUGCAUGUCAGCUGUGCCCUGUGGAUCCCUGAAGUGAGUAUUGGGAACCCAGAGAAGAUGGAACCCAUUACUAAUGUAUCACACAUCCCCAGUCACAGAUGGGCUCUGGUAUGCUGUCUGUGUAAAGAGAAGAUGGGCGCCUGUAUUCAGUGUUCUGCCAAAAGCUGCCGUACAGCGUUUCACGUGACCUGCGGCCUGCAGUGUGGCCUGAACAUGAACACCAUCCUGACCGACACAGACGAGGUCAAGUUCAAAUCCUUCUGCCCCAAACACUCGGGCAUGGACUGGAAUGAGGAUGAGGAUGGUAUGGAGAGAUUAAGAAUGAACAGGGAGCAAACAGAGUCUGGUCCUCUUUUGAGCCCUGGCUGUUUGAACCGAUCCAUAAAUCUUCCCGACGGACAAAAACCAAGCGAACGGAAACUCAGACUCCAACAGAUGGAGGAAGAGUUUUACCGUUUCGUAUCCGUGGAAGAGGUGGCAAAGCAUUUGGGGUUGCCGAUGGAAACGGUGGAUUUCCUUUUUCAGUACUGGAAACUGAAACGGCGGACGAACUUCAACCAGCCACUGGUUAAACCCAAAAAGGAGGAGGAGGAGAGCCUGGCCAAGAGCGAACAGGAAGUGCUACUCCGCCGACUCCGCCUCUUCACACACCUACGUCAGGACCUUGAGAGGGUGCGUAAUCUGACCUACAUGGUGACACGGAGAGAGAAGAUAAAACGCUCGGUUUGUCGCGUGCAAGAGCAGAUAUUCCACCAUCACAUCAGACUGCUGGAGCAAGGCAGGCUCACUGGCGCGUCAACAACGAGACAGUUAGAGGAGUCAAUGUUCUAUUUCCGCUCUCCUCCAAACUCAGUCUCAUCCCCACAGCCUUUGAGGGGCCAUUCGGGCCAGAACACCGACACGGUAUCUCUCAGACUCGAUCGUGAGAAAAGCACUUCUAAGAGACCCGCCCCUAAGACCCAGCAGCUGGGGGAUGACACCGCCAAACUGCCCAAAACAGAGGCCCUUGCCCCAGCCAAGCUUCCAAAAGUGGAGAGACUAGAUCUGAGCCCCAAACCUGCACCGGUGGGGCGCAGGGUGUCAAAGAGAGAUGACGCGCCACCGGUUGCAGUGAGGACUACUGAGUGCAAAGAGCAAAGGAACGUCACAGGUGCGGAAACUCGUAAGGCAGACGACAGUGCCAGUCACGUGCAGGAGCAAAACCACGACGCCGAGGAACGGAGUAGGAAGAGAGGGCUCCGUGAGCAGCUCACCGUCAACUCCAAACUAAAACUGGGAUCAAAGAUCACGGAGGAGACAACACGAAGCCAGACUGAAGGCAGUAAAAUGUUAGAUAAGCUUUUACUGCCCGACUGCCGAGUCUCUCUCACCCCUAUCUCCAUCGUUCCCACUAAAUACAACGGCUCUGUGAUUAGAGCGAGCACUAGCCAACUCAGUGAAAAGGUGGUGCACAAUGGUGCCUCAGGGGCCCAUCUGAAAAACUGGGGUAGUUUCAGAAUCCCGAAGAGGAGCGACAGGAUAGCAGGAGGUGUCGAGGAAGGGCGGGGCACUGCACAGGAAACACAAUCCCCUCCCCUUAAACCAUUGGACAGAAGCCCUGAGGCCACACCUCCUCAACUCAGGGCACGCUCACGAACGGGGACUGAAAAUCAUAGCCUUACUCACGAGACUGAUAUCAGCCAAUCGGAGCCGGAGUCUCGCAGGAAGCGAUGCCAUACCCAGCGCCUCAGGAGCCACGACCCCAUGACGUGCAGCUACGGUUCAGAUGUGAUUCGUCACGGAGUGCUGGCGUCCUGAGAUUGAAAUGCCGCAGUUUUGCCAUAAAGUGUCAGCAAGGGAUUAGAACACCCCUUCAGUAGUCUUAUUUCUGUUAGACUGAAAGUUAAAU